UCACUGCAAUUGAUAAGAUAUCAACUUGCAAGUUGUAACGCAGACUAAAUUAAGUUUAAUUCUCAUCUGCGCUUGUUUGGAGCUUUCAGAUUAGCGCUUACAGUGUAAGAUAAUAAAAAGUAGUUACAGCGUACGUACAAGUUAGAUUUGAAUUUACACUCUAAAUCGGUUGUUGAAACAAAUCGUUCAAGAUGGGUAAACGACAACAUCAAAAGGAUAAAAUGUACCUUACGUAUACAGAAUGGUCAACGUUAUACGGAGGUAAAAGACCUGGGAUCGAUAAACCGAAGUUUGCUCGAUUGCCUUUUGACCAUUGUUGUGUAUCAUUGGUCGUAUUUAAAAACCCUUAUUGUGAUCCCGAUGGAAAUAUCUUUGAGUAUGAAGCGUUGCUUGAAUAUGUACAACAGUUCAAGCACAACCCAGUUACAGGAAAGCCAAUCGAAAUAAAAAAACUGACUAAGUUAAAUUUCCACCGUAAUGCAGCUGGAGAAUAUCAUUGUCCGGUAUUAUUUAAGCAGUUGACUAAACACUCGCACAUUGUUGCCAUCAAAACAACUGGCAAUGUGUUUUCAUAUGAAGCUAUUGACCAGUUAAAUAUAAAAACAAAAAAUUGGAAAGAUCUAUUAACAGAUGAACCUUUCCAGCGUAAAGACAUUAUAACUCUUCAAGAUCCAACAAACUUGGCAAAAUUUAAUAUUGCCAAAUUCCACCAUGUUGUAAAAAAGCUUAAAGUAAUAGAUCCAGAAGAAGAAGCUCAAUCUAAAGAUCCAGAAGGGCGUUUGAAAACUGUUUCAAAAACAACUAGGGAUAUAUUGGAUACUUUAGGCAGAGAUUAUAAAGAACCGGAAAAAAAAAUCGAGGAAGCAAUACAAAAACCAGAUAAAUUGAAUGCUGCCCAUUACUCGACCGGUCAUGUUGCGGCAAGUUUUACCUCCACCGCUAUGGUUCCAGUAUGGAAACACGAAGCAGCAAUUUUAGAAGAAAAUGAAAUACGCUACGAACGAAUUAAGAAGAAAGGUUAUGUUCGUUUGGUUACCAACUAUGGACAGCUCAAUUUAGAAUUAUUUUGUCAAGAAGUUCCAAAAACAUGUGAAAACUUUAUUAAACUUUGUCUAAAAGAUUAUUAUGAUGGUACAAUAUUUCAUCGGUCUAUUCGUAAUUUUAUGGUCCAAGGCGGAGAUCCAACAGGUACAGGAAAAGGUGGCGAGUCAUUCUGGGGUAAACCAUUCGAAGAUGAAUUUAAACAAAAUUUAUCUCACUCUGGUCGUGGUAUACUAUCAAUGGCAAACUCUGGACCUAAUACUAAUAAAUCUCAGUUUUUCAUUACUUACCGUUCUUGUAAACAUUUGGACAACAAACAUACAAUCUUUGGUCGCAUAGUUGGUGGUUUUGAAACUCUGAGUGCUAUUGAAGAGAUUGAAGUAGAUAACAAAGAUCGGCCAAUAACUGAUAUAACUGUAAUACGUACGCACGUCUUUAUUGACCCGUAUCAAGAAGUUGAUGAUAAAAUUGCUGAAGAACGACAAGAAGACAUAAGUAAUGUCCAAUCGAGCAGUCAAAUGGCCAAACAAGAAGAAAGUACCAUAUCUAAUAUUGCUAUACCUGGCGCAAAACUUAAAACUUACAAGUCUGGUGUUGGCAAAUACAUAAACCCAUCCGUUUUGAAAACGACUAAAACUGACAAUGACGAAGUACCAAAAAAAAAGAAAAAAGAUGUUGGUUAUGAUUUUCAUAGUUUCAACAAUUGGUAAUUGAUAAAUUUGAUAUAUUAUUUAUUUUUAAUAAUGUAUUUGUAAAUGUAAUAAAUUUAUGUCCGAAUAUGCUUGUAAGUACAAAUUUGAUGUCCUUAAAAAUAAUUAUUUCAGAACAACUGUUAAUAUAUCAAUGACAAUUAAAAGUUAUUUAUAAUUAUUUUUUA